AUGUCUCUCCAAGUCAAUGACCCACGGUCGCGCGGCCGUUCCAAGUCUCCGAGCGGCCGUACCCGUGAACGUUCCACGUCUCGCGACCCUCGACUCGAGUCCUCGAGCAAAAGCAAAUAUCUAGUCGCCGACCCCGCGGACGAUAAAACGCGGACCAGGUCAAGAAGCCGCGGCGCCAGCCCUCUUCGUGGCUAUCGAAAGAGUUCCCGUUAUGACUCGGACUCAGAGCACGAGGCAAGAGAUUCAUAUCCGCGUUCUCGGUCCGAUCGCGAUCGCGAUCGCUACUAUCAUUCCGAUUCUGGCGAAGACAGAGGCGCGACGAAGCAAAGCAGUCAACGUUAUUCUCAGACGCCCCAACGGAGAUCGGCGCAACUGGAUGCAUAUUCGGAUGAGGAUAUCUACUCGGAUUCGGAUUCAGAAGAUGACCAUCUAGUCUACGGGGACGUUCCCGGAGGCAUAGAACGUGGGUACUACGGAUACAAGGGCAGCACCAAUGCCUCGGCACCACCAUCCCAGAAACCACUCAUGACCGGAGCACUUGGUCCAGGCGCAAACCCUAGAAGCAGCGCGGAAGCAGUGAGCGGCCAGUCCAGAUAUGCCCCGCAGACCAAUUCUGCUUUCUCCGGCCCUCCCCCUUCUCAAUCAACGUGGGCAGCGGUGCCGGAUUGUGAGAAACCGGGAUUUGUUCCACCAACAUCUCAGCCUGGAGAUCAGUCUAUGCCUGGGGCCUUCCCAACCGCUCCGGCAGGCCAGUCUAAUGUGCGGUAUAUGAGCCCGAGCACUCAACAGAAUCAGUACCCUCAAUGGAAUACGCAGACUACAACAUCUGCAGCUCCGUAUACCACACCAGCCAAUGCUGCGAGUCACCAGCGCGGCCCGUCCGGAGACCCGAAUCUCUAUGCUAACCCACCGGCCUUCCAGUAUGCACAGGUUGACCCAAAUGUCAAAUAUUCCGCCAAGCCUGCAGCCGCUACUGCAUAUGGUUCUAAAGUCGAACAAGCCCAGUAUGGCGGGGUCCGGUACUCGGCAACUCCCCAGUAUCCUCCUACAACCACGAGUGGCCCUGAUAGGGGACCGCAGUACGUCGAGGUGGCACCCGGAACCCGGCCCAGUGGUCGCCCAACCAGUCUCAGCAUUUCUACAGGCAACAGUCUAACCGUUGGAGGAGGUUCCGAUCCCGAUGGCCGACCACCUCUCAGCCCGAUGUUGGAGCCGUACAAGGGGACAUAUCAAAGCAUAUCUCCCAUGCCCUCGCCAAUCCUUAUAGCCCCUAGAGAUGAUGAUAUCUCUGACCUUGAGCCGCUGGACAAUAGCACAGAUAGCGAAAGGCGGAGGAGACGGAAAUCCAAGAAAUCGAAAGACGAAGGGGGUCUUAAGGAACCCAAAAGCGACCGAUCCAAGCGCGGCAGCAGCCGCGUCCGACAUGAGCGCCAUGAUUCCAGGGAUUCUAGGGAGCCAGACUCUCUCGUCCUAAUAUCACCUCAUAGUAGCCGCCGUAAAGUGUCAUUUUAUGACGCUACGGAAGACGCUUUGGCGCUGCGAGAUGCUCUUUCUCACACGCGGAAUAUCGAUACCAAGGUUUUGACCCAAAUACUACCCCAUUUGACAAGUGAUGAAAUGUUGGAUCUUCGGAAGGAAUACAAGAAUCACGUAAAGAUCAGCGGAAAGGGCGUCAACCUAGCCAAGCAUAUCCGGGUCAAGCUAGGGAAUGGCUCACUCGGAAAGGUCUGCUAUGCAACAGCGCUUGGGCGCUGGGAAUCCGAAGCCUUUUGGGCAAACUGCUACUAUCAGUCUGGGUCGUCUAGACGUGAACUUCUCAUCGAAUCCCUCUUCGGGCGCAGCAAUGGCGAGAUGCGCGAAAUCAAGGAGUCAUUCAAGGACUCUCGCUAUACCAACAGCCUCGAAAAGUGUAUGAAGGCCGAACUAAAGGCGGACAAGUUUCGAACGGCCGUCUUACUUACCCUGGAGGAGAGUCGGCAAAGCGAACGCGACCCUAUCGACCCUGAUUUGGUUCACCGUGACGUACAGGCCCUUCAUGCUGCUCUCGUCUCGCGCAAUGGUGGCGAGACUGCCAUGAUCUAUAUUAUCGUCCGCCGGAGCGACUCUCACCUACGUGAAGUGCUACGUGCGUACGAGAAAAUUUACCAGCGAAACUUUGCUCGCGAGAUGAUUCAAAAGUCUCAGAACCUUGUGGGUGAAACACUCGCACAUAUCCUCAAUGGAGCGAUUAACAGACCAAUGCGAGACGCACUGCUUUUACACCAGGCCUUGCACGAAUCUCGCUCUGGAAAAGAGAGAUCUGAGCUGCUGAUCUCUCGUCUCGUUCGUCUUCACUGGGAGCCUCGCCAUUUGGAGAAUGUGAAGUCGGAGUACCGCCGGCGUUACGGGGCGCGACUGGAGGAGGCGAUUGCGGAGGAAAUCUUACCGACGACUGGGGGCAGCGAGUGGGGCGAAUUCUGCAUACAAUUGGCCCAGAGUUCAAAAACUCUUGCCGGGAGAGGCCGAGGUUGA